AUGAAAGAGCGCAAGGCUGCCACAAGACAUGAGCGACAGGUUGCGAAGGCCACGCAUAGAGAUGAAGCUAUUGCGAUGGAUACUUCCGGGGGAUCCCAUGCCUACGAAAAUACUAUUUACAGCCAGAUAUAUGAACCUUUCACCAUGGCUGAACCCGAAGCGCAGCUAGGACGACCAGCUAAAAACAACAUACCGCCUCGUGUGUCUCCCGCACCUCCCAACCCACGCAAUAUUUCUUUCACGCGUGGCACAUCAUUCUGCCUGCCUGGUAAAACUGGUAGUCCCAAGAAAGCGACAACUUGGAAGAAAGAUUACAAGAAAGAGGCUCUGAAGCAGGAGAUUGAAAAGCGUGCUUCUGGGACGAGGUUGUGGGAACACCGCCAGAAUGACGCCACGAGUCCGGAAUUGCUCUGGCGGGCUCUGCGACAGUAUCACCUCAACGCCAAAUGCUGGGAGACAUGCAUAGAGCUUCCACUUAUCCUCCCACCUGGCGUUACUUCUCUGAGGCCUGAUUCUCCCGGCGAAGAGGUCACCCCCGACGGAUUGACCGAAGACAUCUCAACCGACGGAGAGCCAGAAGAGAACACUGAAAUAGGGGACAGACCUAGUAACGCUAAUGUUGAAUCUACUAAGGAAUUCGACAUCGAGGCAACCGCCGACCGGUACCGGGCCAUACCACUGCACAAACUCCGUGAUCAUAUUUCAAAGAGGUGGGGCAGCGCAACCAACUUCUGGCCCGUCAAAGACUGGAUGGUCAGCCGCGCAGUUACUGACGACUUGGCCGAAUCCAUCCCGAUAGACGAUCCAGCCAGGCACUUCUUCUUUCUAGGCCCAUCAUGGGUAGAGACCGCAGAGGAGCCGGCUAUACCACUAGCACCAUGGCGCCGCGAGCCGGAGUGGGACUCCGAUGAUAUGUGCGAGAGAUGUACGGCACUGUACGCUCUCACAGACCGCCGCAAAGAGCUGGGUGAUCUUCUGGUUCCACCACAUUGCCCCGAGUUCUUGAUGGUGGCAAUUACAGAGAUUAAUGAGCGCGUACGACGGGCUAGAGAGCUGGAGGCGCGAUAUUGCGAGGCCUUGUACAGGGGGAGGGUUCUAAACCACAUUCGCUUUGGGAAGAAGGGGUGCCAGGCUGACGGUAUCACAGUUCAGGGCUCCGAUAGUGAUGCUCUUGAAGAGGACGCCGGCUACCUGUCUGGAGAGGAAAACGAGAAGCUUGGAGGUUGCAAAAUGUUUGAGGCUUGA